CCAGCUGCCGCGCCGCCGGCGGCCCGGGGUAAACUUCAAGUUUGAACUCAGGCUAGUAAAAUUCCGGUUUACCUCUCGCUCUUGCGCGUCUCCCGUAGCUAGAUCCCGUGGCUCUCCCGCGGCCCGCGGACACUUCCCACUAGUACCCAGCCCUCGGAUCUCCUAUUAAAAGUCGCGGCCCGGUUUUGAUUCCAAUACUGUACGGAGCUUGUAGGUGAGUGGAAUAUACCGCAGGUACCUCGGUACAAUUCAACGUUUGACCGAUGGAGAUUUUCGAUUCGAGUCUGCUGCGGAUAAACUUAGAUCUAGAAGAUAAAAAAAAAGCCAUACUUCUUCUGGCAGAUGCCAUCGAGCAGGAAACGUUGAAUUGUCGAGCAGAGGUGGAAAAGCUCGAAGCUCUUUGUGAAGCCCAUAUGAGGACGGCAGGAGAGCAAAAACAAUUUGAGCUCACGAAAGGGCUUCUAAAAGUGGAUGUAUAGUUUGGAUUGCAAGACGGGGCACCAAAUGGACGCUUGUAGGCACUUCUGCUUGUCAAAAAGCAGCUCUCCGCUGAAUGUACGAGAAUUGUCCUCGGGAUAAAUGUGAGUCACUCCAUUUGAAACUAUUAUUAUCACGUGUUACUGCCCCAUCACAGAUCAAUGAAGACUCUAUUUGUCGUGCUUUGGCCGCAGUCUUGCACAAGAAUGAUGUUAGGUUAGAAGCUUGUCGGAUCAAGUGCCUCGCCGUGCCUUUUACCAUAGUGCGGAUAAGUUAUUUCAUGCUUCAGGUGGAAUCAAAACAUCAGUUGUCGGCGACGAGAGUACGUAAGGGCUCAGACAGCGUCCAUCCGACAGGUGACCGUGAUAGGACUUGAGCCUGAGGUUCAACGACUGAUCCAGAAACAAAAAAGGGAUAUAAUAGCGCAGCGCACUGCCCAGGACUUAGCAUGGAGCGCAAUACGCACCAAGUUGAGUGGAAAACUUUUUGAUCAGCAGGUGGCACUACGUGAGACAAUGAGUCGUGUCCACGCACAGCGCGAUUUCAAUGAAAACAUUCGCAUUGGUCAAUCCAUAACAGCACUUCAGUGUGAGUUCCAACAUCGUUGCACAAUCACAUCAAGAGCGCAAUCUGGACGCAUUGAAAAAUUGCAGGCCGAAUUACAGAAAAAGCUGCAUUUGGAUAGUGCUAAAUUUCAGCGUAUGCAUCAGAAUUUGUGCGUGACGAAGAGAGAUCGCCUCAGGACGAGACGUGACCAGCUCGCUUGUGUGCGGGAUACUGUAUAUCAGCUUCAAUGCUUUGGAUCUAGAAUAGUUGCUGAGGCACGAAAUUCGGACCAUGCGGUUUGGAUUCAGGCAACCAUAUCCCACGUCAACACAAUUUCAAAGGAAUCAUUUUCAGUGAGGACAGAAGAAGUCUUGCGCCGGCGGGACACUACCAUCGGCAAUAUAAUUCACCAUGACCAAGCGUUAACACACACCUGGGAGCUCGGCAUAAUGCAUGCCGCAGAUGCAUACGAAACAAGUUGCAAAGACUAUCACUGCGCUAUUAUUGCCAGACUCCAAAUACAGCGUACUAACUGGAUUAAACAAACGAAAAUCUUGAUACGUGAAAUUCAGUCCCUGAAUCAAGAGGUCUGUGCCCUCAAAGCCAUCGGGGACAAAACUAAAAAUCGUUGGCAUGACAUGGAGAUGGCUCUUGCCAAACCAAGUUAUGAGGCCGGGUCGCAUGCUUACAAACUCCUUUGUACCCAGACGAGCAGGCAGCAGACUCAUGCCCAAGAGCUUUACCUGCUCGAUGAUAAAUGUGCAGCUGCUGAGCUACCCAUCAAAGCAAUUACCACAAACAUUAGGCGCUUAGUUGCUACUUACGAUUUCUUACAGGGACAGCAUCAUGAGUUUCACCAGCGUGCUCUUAUAUCCAAGAAUAAGGCAGUUCAAUGCCACCUUCGUGAUAAUGCAAACAGACUAGUGCGAAUAGUUGACAAAAUCGGACUCGAAACAGUCCGUCAUAAUCAUCUUACUAAAAUGCUUGCUAGCUACACAAGAAGCUGACCGUAACGUUUCAGUGGUGGCAAGUUGAAUGCACACGACGCCAACCCUCGCUGGCGGCAAUGCAAAGAAGCGAGAAAUAUCGCGUCCCUUCGCAUGGGUCGCAGAUUGGCGCGAGCUACAACUUGCAGCUGCAGUAACUUCCGCUCGAUUAGGAGGGGUUCUCGCUAAUCUCACCGUUGAUUAGAAUAUGAAGGGUUUUCGCUAAUCUCAUUCCCAUUAUACUACUCGGGCGGGAGAGAAAUUCGGAGAAUGCCAUCAGUGAUCCCACGCAUAUCAUGAUGACGCAGUAUGAUGAUGGUUUUGUGUGGUUUGGUUUGUUUGGUUUUGUUCAAGUUUUGGUUUUUGUUUGGUUUGCUUGGUUUGACUUGGACAGACUCACCAAUCGAGAGUUCAAGUUUUCCACAAUACAGUGUGGGUGGGUGGAAGAACUUGAAAUCAUGAUUGCCAAUACCGUGACCAGCGGCUGCCACUGUCAUCAUGAUUGUUGCCAGCCUCAGGCUGAGGCCGAGGCCUAUGAUUCUGAAUUACCGUGACUCGGCGGACUCAGACUCGGAAAUACUACACCGUCACCGUGACAGCACUGCAUAUACGCCACGAAGUCCGAGUCCACGACGUGGGGCGCAUCAUGAUCAGCGUAUUUAGUGGCCCAGGGUGCCUAGGAGCCCCCACUUGUGAUCCUAUGGGUCUGCUGGCGCCCCCCCAGUGGCUUGCGUACCGGGCCAGCUGAAAUCUAGCUGAAUACAGUGGCUCUAUGAACUCCGCGGAAUACAGUGCGGAAACCACGGUGGAGAGUUUUGGUGGAGGCUUCUUUGACCGCGUGGUACGUCUUCACUUGUCCUCGACGAGCGCAAGCCUGCACCGUAGGCUGCUGGUGUGAGUACGUCUCAUAAAGAUGUGUAUCGUGCAGCUGAGAUGCAAGAGUGUCGAGCUCAGUUGCGAAUCACCUUGCAGCGAAUAGCUGAUGUGGAGUCAAUUAAUGUAGAUCUCGAGUCCCGGCUAGAGGCGCAGGCUAAAGAGUACAUUCAACUCGAGUCGGAUGCUGCAAAGUCGUACGCAGCAGCCGCGUAAUUUGUUGCUUAACUUCCAAUUUAAUCAUCAUUCGACGGAUAUAGGCUUGCACAUUGGAAGAUGCAAUAUAAAGCACUCGCUGAAGAGGCUGGAAGUUGGAAGUGCGCGUCACAGCCGAGUAUUGUCCCAAAAUGCUUGAGAUAUGACAUACCAUAUCAGGAAAUUACAUGCUCAGCAGGAGCUGAAGAAUCAGAAGAUCCGCGAACAAUUGCUUCGCACAGAGCGAGAGCUACAUGGAAUUCUUCAGAAGAAAUAUGACAUCAUGGAAUAUGCCCGG